AAAAGAAAAUGGCGACCAAGGUUGUGGCGUUAUAGCUGUGGAUUUAUGAUCGUUUUAUUUUAAUUCUGACCGUUUAUUUGUUGAAAAAGAAAAGAAGAUAACAUUGAUAUUCCUUCAAAAUGGUUCUCGCGGACUUAGGACGUAAAAUCACGACAGCACUUCGCUCUUUGAGCAAUGCUACUGUUAUCAAUGAAGAGGUAUGGAGAGAGUUGUUGCCUUUUGCUUUUCUACAAUUAAACUUAUCUUACAGCUUAUUUUAUCUGCUGAAAUCCGGAUGUAAUUAACCUGCAACUUAUUCGCACAGUGCAUUGCUAAAUUCAGGGAAAACUAUUGAGAUAAAUGUAAAUGACCAAGGGAUUAAUGGUUGGUCUCAGUGUUUGUGAAGUAAAAUAAGUAUAUUGAUUUCCUUUUUUGAAAUUACCCUUGGGAUGUCAAAGUUUGCUCACAUUAAUCUCAUGUGUGAUUGUGUUUUGAAUUGUUUUUGUUUAAUCCUUGCCUUUUUGAAAAAUUUUUGUUGAAACCUUGUCUUUUUGUGCAGGAAAAGAACUCUAAAAAAACUUGUACGAGUCCAAAGUGCUCAUCUUUCAAGGCUCUUGAAGUGUUGAGUCAUGAGUGAUUAGAAAGUUUCAAGAAAGUUUGUGUAUUCGUUAUGUAGAGGACUAGAUGACAUCUGGGUGAAUUAAAAAUGAAGACUAAAUUGUCGGAAAGAUAACUAGUGCAGAUCCAGAGUUAGUUAUCAGGACAACAUAUUUGUUAUAUUUGCAGUUAAUCCGGUAUUACACUUGGUUUAUAAAGAGAAAACUUGUCCUACGUAGAAGGGUCACUCCCCUACCCGAGCUACCCUGGACGAGUUGCCUUUUCCUACAUUUCCUUACAAAACUUGGUGAACCUUUUACAGUAGAAACAAAAAAUCUGGUCAGGCUAGAACAGGUGACCUACGUAGCUGGUUUUCCCUUUUUUGAUUGUAGAGUCACGCUCUUAGCCGCACCAACUUUUCGUGACAAAAACUCUUUAGCUCACCCAGCUGGAUCAACUCAGUCAAAGAGAGACAAUCAGUGUGUGCACGAGUGCUUUUUUAAGCUCUUGGCUCGGGCAAAGGUUACACUUUUUUCUCAUAUAAACACUCACAAAAGUUGAUUCAGCUGAGAGGGAGACCCCUUUUUGCCGGGGCAACUUUUCUCCAUAUAAACAGUGCCUUAGAGCUAACCAGGCUUCCGACAACUUAGCCUUGGCUGUUAACCUUUUAAUUUGUAGGUCUUAAGUGUGAUCAACUACAGUUUUUCCUUAACAACAUCAGUACAUCAUCAAUUGAAAAUUUUAUGAGGAUUAACCAAAUUGUCACAAAGGGAAUGCUUUAUAUGUUACAAUAUGGUUUAAAUGUCUGAAUCAUCCUUUGUGAAGUUGAUCUGAACUUAACUAAAGGCAUUAAACUUCCUAUAUUAUUACAAGAUGUCAAGGAUAUCAGAGUUGUUUUAUUGUUCUUCUUGUACUUAUACAGCCAAUCACAGUACUGUAAUAAAAAAAAGCCACCACCCAGUGUACUGGUUGUGUAAUGUUAACACAGAAUAUUAACCCUUGUACUGUAUGGAAACCAAGGCCUUUAAUCAAGGCUACAUUAUAUUAAUUUUUUAAUGACAGGUCCUUGGUGCUAUGCUUAAGGAAGUAUGUGCUGCAUUGCUGGAGGCUGACGUUAACGUGCAGCUUGUUAAAAGACUCAGGGAAAAUGUCAGGUAAAAAAAUAAUAUAAAAGAUAAAAACUCCGUAGGCAACCCACAUUGUCACUAUAUUUUUAGCUAGAUUUUGGUAUUUCAAUCAGGUUUGGCAUGCACCUGGACAGUCCUCGAAUUUUAGAAUAAAAAUUCAAGGCUUUGAAAGUCCUUGAAAAUUGAAGUCAGUGCUGGAAAGUCCUUUAAUUUUGGUGCUAUAACUUUAUCCAACCCAGAUUCUCAAGUGCCUGAAAGAAGCAAACAUAGAAAGACCUUCAGGAUAGAAUUGCUCAUGUGAGGAAGAACUGGAAAAGACAUAGAUUCAGGGCUCUUUUUUGCACUGAAUGGAAUCCUUGAAAAAAUGGGAAAUGGGUCCCUCAAAGUCCUUGAAAAGUCCUUGAAUUUUUUGUUCAAGAAAGGGUACAAACCCUGUUCAAUUUUAUUUUCAAAGAUUACAUCAAGCAAGUCUCUUUGUAAAGAGAUUCAAAAAAGUCUGUUACUGUUGAACUUCAAAAUUGUCAUCUUUAUAAAGAAAUGUACACAAAAUGUAAUUUUUGGAUUUUGUAUUUUUGUUUAAAUCAGAUCUGCCAUAGAUUUUGAUGACAUGGCUGCAGGAUUAAACAAGAGAAGAAUGAUUCAACAUGCUGUGUUCCAGGAGCUUUGCAAGGUCAGUGUGGUGAAGAUUCUUGGUUAGCUAUCAACUACCAUUUUAUAAUGGAAUUAGACAGCCACAGGGAUAAGAACGGCUAGCCUGGUAUGCUGGCGUGUAUAUUCUGACUGUCCCUUCUCUUAGCAGAGAGAAACAACAGCCAACAUAUGCCAGUGCUUGCAUAUGAAGGCUAAUAAAGGGCAUCAGAAAGGGUCAAAAGCAAGACUUUUGAUCGGUAACCAAAACAUGUCUCUCAUACUGUGUAAAUUCUUUGACAGCAGUUUCAAAUUUCUUGCGUGAAAGGUUUUAUAGAGAACAUGAACCAAUGGUCGUAAAUUUUUACCACGUGAUUCUCUGUCUUAACUCCUUGCCAUUUUCAUGCUCAUUUAAGCUCUUUUCUCCUGACUUGUUUAAAUUUGGAGUGAUGUUCAUGAAAACACUUGUGGCAUUUUCUUAAGCAAGCCACUCUUAUUUGUAUAAUCAACUUGUUUAACAGCACUUCAUUACUGAUUUUUUUCCCAUAUACACAGCUUGUUGAUCCUGGUGUGAAAGCUUGGAAUCCCACUAAAGGAAAACAGAAUGUUAUCAUGUUUGUUGGUCUGCAGGGAAGUGGAAAGACUACAACGUGUAGUAAGGUACACUCGUAACGUCUUAUUUAUCGUUAUAACAUCUGGCAAAAUGUAUAUUUUCAAGAAGGGAGGAUAUUGUGAACUACACUGUAUGGCUUUGAUGAGUCAGCCAGAAGACAAAUGACAUUUAGCAACAUCAAAGGACUUCAGUUACUGGCAGUCUCAUAUAUCUUGUCCGAUAAAAAAGCAGAAGGCAGUUUGGAAUGAGGCUAAAGCAGUUCAUAUAACUUGAGGCUUUGUUUUAAAGCUAUCACAUCCCUUCAAAUUUUCCACUUCAGCAGUUAGGUAUCAAAGCCCUGCAUAACUUAAACCUUGGUAAUAGAUAACAUCAAUGAAUGGCCCAGAAGCCAAAAUGGCCAUUGAAUUUGACUUAUUUAGCCUCUUAAGCCAUACAGAAUGUAUCUCCUUUGUUACAUUUCAAGAUAAUACAGCCAACUGAAACAUGCUCUGGGCCAUCUUUAUGUACUCUUGAAAAAUGUAACUUUUGUAGUCACUUAUGUCAGUUCUCAACUUUUUUUUUGCAUUGCAUUCAUUUUAAAAUAGUUUGUACUAGUUUUUGCUUGACAAUAUUUUUGUGCAAACAUGAUAUUUUUUGUUUGUAAUUAUUGCAGUUAGCAUACUUUUAUCAGAGGAAAGGUUGGAAGACUUGUCUAAUUUGUGCAGACACGUUCAGAGCAGGUCAGUAAAAACCCAGAACUACACAUGUUAAGAUGCUCAUCCUUCAUUAUUCAUAACUGUGGUGCCAGACCCAUCCAGUCUCAUCAGUCCAGUUUCAUCAUUAUUAAUCAGUACUGUCCUUCCAGAUCAGUUUCCUAAAAUUAAUAGCAUGCACUGCAGUGAUAGGAUUUUAUCAAAAGCUCUUGAGAAAAGACCAUUUCAUUUUCAAGAUGACACUGGUCCACCAGGCUAUCUCUGACUUUUGCUGUACACCCAAACACUUUGAAGUUUGAGAUAUUGAUUUCAGGAAUAAUUAAUAAUAAUAAUAAUAUGUACAAUGCAAUCUGUAUUAAGCAGACAAUACAAACUAUGUUUGAUUCUGUUUCAUUUUCAGGUGCAUUUGAUCAGCUCAAACAGAAUGCCACUAAAGCUAGAAUACCAUUUUAUGGAAGGUAACAGCAUAAUCAUUUUUUCCUCCUUUUUUGUUUGAUUUAUUCUUGCAAAUCUAUUCAUGAUCCAGCAAGGUAUAGGUUCACUGUGGGCUAAUGGAGCUCAAACAGCUGGUGAUCAUCCCAGUUUCUUUAGAUUGAAGCACUUAAGAAUUAUUACUACACACUCUGGAUGGGAUGCUAGUUCACUGCAGGGCUUCCCCCAUUAGUAUAUCACUAGUAUCCAUUAAUUUUAUACUCCUGGGCCGAGUUGUUCAAAGCUGAGUUAAGAUAACCCAGGGUUAGUGCGAGAUUUGAAUUCAGAUUUGAAAGCUUAAAAGCGUUUCAGUUUUAAUUCUUUUUGUCUACAAGUUGAUGAUUGGAAGCUCUAAAAACAAUGGAGAAAAUUAUCCGAGAAAAAGCUUUAGAACAUAAGAAAAAGAAACCUGGGUUAAAUCUAACCCCGAGUUAAGCGCUAAUCGGCCUUUGAACAACUGGGCCCAGGAUGAAGAGAGACAAAGUGGAGCAAAGUUUCUUGUCUAACCUGUCAACUGCUCAGUCACUGCGCCCAUGAAAAUAUAUUAAUAGUAUUUUUUAUUUAGUCAUACAACUACUGUACUUUACAACUUUGUCUGAACUUGAAUCCAAUAUCGUUUUCAGUUACACUGAAAUGGACCCUGUUGUCAUAGCUCAAGAAGGUGUAGAUAAGUUUAAACAAGAAAACUUUGAGAUAAUCAUUGUAGAUACCAGGUAUGUUUGUAGUGUGUUCUUUUUCCUUGUUAUUUUCUUGUUGUUUAUAAACUCAAAUAAUUUGAUUACCUUUUAGUGGUUAGAAAUUUGAGAGGUUUUUGUUCAAGUUCAUUCUUUAGUGAGGUAAUUUAGUUACCUUCUAAUAAAAGAUGUAACUGUUCACAGUGGACGACAUAAGCAAGAGGAGUCACUUUUUGAGGAAAUGCUUCAAGUCUCUAAUGCAGUUGUAAGUACAAAAUCAGUAUUGACUUGCCCAACAUUUGUCAGCUGGGAGUCUUAACAGGGAAACUUUGGACUUUCUUAUGACUUUUUGUCAUGUAAUAAACUCAUCAAUAAAACGUGAGCUUGGGAUUAGUUGCCAACAGGUGGGGGAUGGAGGGGGGUGUUGUAGGGUGGGUUAAGCAGUCAAACAAGCAUCAUUGAAUCUGUGAAUGUUUCCAUGGCUACCCCGUGGUAGACCACCACCUAGGUGCAUGUUACAUUGACAGAGACAGACAUGCUUCCCAGAAAAAAUACCUUGCCUUUAUGGGAGGUCUGGGAUGAUUUGUGACGGGCGAGAUGAGAGAUAUCCACAAAUAUCAGAAAUGCCAACAAAAGAGUGCUGAUAGUCAGUUACCCGCAGUUGGGGCACCCUGCACGUCUAUGCAGGCAGUAACUGCUGACCUACAACUGGGUUGAGUUUAACUUGACAUCAAUUGCAUUUAGCCACAACAGCUUGUUCAUUUUGUUUCACUAUCUUUCAGAAUCCAGACAAUGUUAUAUUUGUGAUGGAUGCAACAAUAGGUCAGGCAUGUGAGUCACAGGUAAAUUUCAUGUUUCUAACAGCUUUGAUUUAGUCUUAUGUGUUAUAAACAUGUGUUACUUUUCCAUUCAGAUGAUGGAGGGUACUUCUUGGUUCAAAUUUAAUAAUAUUCUAGUGUUAAAAAUUGUCAGUAACAUUAUUUUUUGUCUUUGAUUUUGUGCGUUGACUUCAUUUAUUUCAUUUUGUAACUAAAAAUUUCUUGUUAGGCCAAGGCCUUCAAAGACAAAGUGGAUGUAGCAUCAGUCAUUGUUACUAAAUUAGAUGGACAUGCGAAGGGUGGAGGUGCAUUAAGUGCGUAAGUAUAUCCUCCACCCCACAAUAAAAAAUCCCAACUCAAAGUUUUACUAACAAAGUUGCAACAUUGUAGCUACCUCAUCAGUACCAUUUUAUCAUCAUCCCAUCUUCAGGAUCAUCAUCAUCAUCAUUAAUAUCAUCAUCAUCAUCAUUAUCAUCAUCAUCAUCAUUGAAUCAUCAUCAAUAUCAAUAUAACAUGAGUUAAGUAUACAUUCAAUGCAACAUCAACCCUUUUACCAAGCUCUUUAUGAAUACUUGCUGCCCCUGUUUCUCUCAGUUGUGCAUCAUUCAUUGAAAGUAGUCAUUGUUUAAUUAGUUUAUAGACAUUGCUUUUUUUCCCAACACACUUCCUGUGGUUUUCUUGCAGAGUUGCAGCCACCAAAAGUCCUAUUAUCUUUAUUGGUACUGGAGAGCACAUCGAUGACUUUGAACCUUUUAAAACCAGGCCUUUUAUUAGUAAAUUAUUGGGUAAGUUGUGCAACAAUAGAAAUCUCUUCAGUGUAUGUGUUCAGGGUUAUACCUCCUUUUCACUAGUUAAUAAACACUUUCUUUUUGACUAAUAUGUCUGCUCUGUAAUUUUUCAUUAGGAAUGGGAGACAUUGAAGGCUUGAUUGACAAAGUUAAUGAACUGAAGCUUGAGGACAAUGAAGAACUUAUUGACAAACUUAAACAUGGUUAACAAAUUUUAAGUUAUAUGAUUUCAAGCAAGAGUUUAUUUCCUGAUUUUGUCACAUAUUUUUCUCAUCAUCGAAUGGAUGAUAAAAUUGAAAGCUGAUAUUGUUACUUUAUUUAUUUUAGGAGUCUUUAGUUUACGAGACAUGUAUGAACAGUUCCAGAACAUCAUGAAGAUGGGACCAUUUGGCCAGAUCAUGGUAAGGACUGGUUUCGUUGCUAUAUGUUUUAAGACUUUGUCAAUAAACUCUUCCAACUGGUGGAUGCUUUUGCAUCGCAGUUCUAUGGCUUAUACCAAAUGGAAAACGCAAGAAAGAAAUGGGCAAAAUAUUGAUGACAUGGAAGCGCUUAAAUCUAGGGGUAAGGGAACCUGGAGAGAAGCCCUCCUGGUGGAAGACAAGAUCGAGUGGUACCGGAGGAAGGACAGGAGUCCUGAUUAGUCUCAGGGGGGGGGGUUUGGGGGUGAGGCCCAUAUCCCCUAGUCACUAGGAACUAAAGGGAACCAGGAAACAUGACGUUCUUUUUCUUUUUUCUAUUUGUAGGGUAUGAUUCCAGGCUUUAGCAGUGACUUUUUGUCCAAAGGAAAUGAGCAAGAGUCUAUGGCAAGAUUAAAGAAACUCAUGACAAUUAUGGACAGCAUGAAUGAUGAAGGUAUGAUUGACCCUACAGGAGGCUUGGCUUAUUUUUUUAUACGUUAUUAUUUUUAAAAUGAGGAAGUUUAAUUUGAAGUAUAUAUCACUAGGUAAGCAUUUCCCCAGAAUCUUUUAUUGUCCACUCAUUCUAUCCACCAUGCUUACAAACUAAAUUUAUGAAAUUUGGAUACUCUUUACAGAGCUCGACAGUCCAAAUGGUGCCAAACUGUUUUCACGCCAACCAGGAAGAUGCACACGUGUUGCACGUGGGUGUGGUGUGUCAGUGCGUGAGGUGCAGGAACUUUUGUCUCAGUACACAAAAUUCGCCGCGAUGGUUAAAAAGAUGGGAGGAAUAAAGGGCUUAUUUAAAGGUAGAGCGCUUGAUUUUCUUUUUGUUCACAGUUCAGGGGAUGGAGACAGCGGACAUUUCAUGCUUUGUGGUAGACAUCCCCUUUAACUUUUUUUUACACCUCCUUGUUAGCAGCCAAAAAGCAUUUUUGGUCAUUUUAUGUAUCUUUUUAAAGUGAGGGUACAAAGGUAACCAAUUAUAGUGUAAAGGAUUAGAUAUCAGUAACUUUAAAAAAAUGUAUUACAACAGCAUUUAUCUUAGGUAGGUUAGUGCUAGGCUUUGACAUCAUUUUACUUAAUAAAGAAAGAUUUAAAAAAUUAAAGCCUAUUUACUAAUCUCCAAUUUCUUAUUUUCUUUCUCUUUCAGGUGGUGACAUGAGUAAAAAUGUAAAUCCAUCACAGAUGGCCAAACUUAAUCAACAGAUGGCUAAAAUGAUGGAUCCCAGAGUUCUUCAACAAAUGGGUCAGUAAACUUGCGUAUUUUUUCAUGGUCAACCAGUGUCACGGUAUUGGAAUUUAAGGACAACUGGCUAUUGUUUUGUUUUCUUGGCAGUGAGCUUUAUUAAAUGUUCUUUUUUUUGCCUAAUCAUGUUAGUUAGUGCUGCAAAAGGCUGUGAGUAACUUUCUGAAUAAAUUCCUCUAAUCAACAACUAGCUCUUCACACCCUCUCAGUCGCUAAUUUUACUGAAAAUAGAGAAAGAUAAUUACAGUUACACUAUGGUCCAUUCACACAUUAAACGAUAAGAGAGUUUGCCUGUGAUAUAUAUUGAAAGUUGGAAACUGUUUAUGUCCUUAAGCAGAAGAUUCACCAAAGAGUGUGCAGGCCUAGUGACCGCAGGAUGUUUGUAGCAAAAUUAUAACCCCAUGCGUCACCACUGUUUUAUUUUCAGGUGGAACUCAAGGCCUUCAGUCCAUGAUGCGGCAGUUUCAACAAGGAGCAGCUGCUCACUCCACAGGGAGCAGAAAAUAACCAACAAUAAAAACUUCCAUAAUAAAUAAGACUACAACGACAAGAGUAACGAAAAAUAAAAAGGACAGUUUAAGAACCAAAAUUUUUAGAAGUAGGUCACAACUUGAGGGUGGUUUGUUUUGAAUG